UGCGACUAUAUUAACGUGCAAGUAUAAAUCUUGCAGUAUAAAUGUAGUUAGAUAGUACAUUGUAUUGAAGUAAUAUCUAUGUAUAUGUAAACACUGAUAAUAGCUAUACAUAUAUAUGAAAACUCAUAACACAGGAUAUUCUGCCAAGUUAAACAUGUCGAAUCAGGGAAUUAUUUAUGAUGCAAUAGUGGUGGGAGCGGGGAUUGAGGGCUCGUCAACGGCGUACCACCUUGCCAAGAGUGGUAAAAAGACAUUACUUCUUGAACAGUUCCCAUUACCACACAGUAGGGGAAGUUCCCAUGGACAGUCCCGGAUCACGAGGAAGGCGUACGGGCCUCAGGAACACUACACGAUUAUGAUGGAAGAGUCGUACAGACUAACGGACGUACUAGAAUCAGAAUGCGGGGAACAACUCUUCAUAAACUGCGGCUGUCUUGCUUUCGGUCCAAAAGAUCACCCUUUUGUUUCCGGUGCAGUGGAGGCUUUGUCACGUCACGGUGCCCCGCAUGAUGUUUUCAACGUUGAGGAGCAACGCAGAAGAUAUCCGUAUUUGGCGUUACCGAGUGAUUUUAAAGUUGUUCUUGACAAAACAGGAGGACUUCUUAGAGCUGAUAAAAUUUUGCAAGCGUUUCAGAAACAGUUUCAACGUUUUGGUGGCACUUUACUUGACGGGGAACCUAUGUUAGACCUUUAUCCUGGGGAUAUAGUAUCAAUUAAGACCACAAAAGGAGUUCAUAGGGCAAGAAGUGUUGUGCUGGCCCUUGGUGCAUGGGCAGCUAAGUUCUUGCCUCGCAUUGGAGUCAAUGUGCCUUUGGAGCCAUUGAAGAUAACAGUGUGUUAUUGGGAGGAAAAGAAUGGAAAACAUUUCAGUAUUGAGAAUUUUCCGACUUUUAUGUCCGAAUCCGGUACCGGUAAUAACACCAUUUAUGGUCUCCCAUCUGAAGAGUACCCAGGCCUUGUCAAGAUAUGCCUUCAUCACGGUCCUGCUAUUGAUCCGGAUAAUAGGGACGGUGUAGAUAAUCAAUGGGUUUUAGACACAAUAAAGAUGAUUGUUCAUACACACUUCCCAACAUUGGAAAAAGAACCAAGAAUUGUUGAAACAUGUAUAUACACGAAUACACCGGACAAAGAUUUCAUUCUUGACCUUCACCCGUCUUGGAAAAAUGUCGUCAUCGCAGCUGGGUUUUCAGGUCACGGGUUCAAACUUGCUCCAGUGGUUGGCAAGGUUCUGUCACAGCUUGCAACCGGCCAGAAACCAGCGUACGAUAUGUCACAUUUUAAGAUUGAUAGAUUCUUCAAAAAUAAGCUGUAACAUUAUAUACACUGACACAAUAAGAUUUGUUACGUGUGGCUUAUUUCAUGUUCACAAACUUAUAUAUUAUAGUCUUCUUAUUUUUUUUCUUCAUAAAAUGUUAUAUUUUGUAUACAUUUAUUGUAACCUCGAAUUGCACGUGAUUAUGUUUUUGUUGUUG